AUGGAUAAAUUAAUGAAGUUAUUUAUUUCUCAAAAAGACAGUCUCCUGUCCCUCCACCGGUUGGACAUAAGGACAUAUAGUAGUCUAGAGUCUAUUGAUGCUUUACAUGGCUUUACAUGUCAUGAAAUCACAAAUCGCAAUUGUGAUAAAUUGACAAGUCUGCUUGGAUCUUUUCCCUAUCUUGAGAGGCUGGAGAUAAGAAACUGCCCUAGUCUGGAGACAAUUCUAUGUUCAGACAACCUCACAGCCCUCAGCAGCUUGAAAAUUUAUAGUUGUGAUGGAUUAAUAAGCAAACUCAGCGAGUUAGCAUCUCUCACCAAAUUGAGAAGAUUGGAAGUUGGUGAGUUCUGCAAGGAGCUCGAUUCAUUCCCUGUCAUACCACAACUUGAGACACUAAUGCUAUCUGGGUGGCCUAAACUCAAGUCUCUGCAUGAACAGAUUCAACACUUCACUUCUCCGACAUCUUUGACUAUAAGCUCCUUCGACGAAGUGGAGGCUCUUCCAGAAUGGUUGGGAAGCCUCUCUUCUCUUACGGUCCUCGAUAUAGAGCUUUGCCACAAUCUAAAGUAUCUUCCUUCACGCCAAGCUAUGCAACGCCUCACAAAGUUAAGAUCCCUCUACAUCUAA